GACAUACACAUCAAACGACCUGCUUUCAAACAGCCAAAUUUAUUUUGACUCGGGGCCGUCUUGUUGCCAGCGGUUUCACACGCUUUUCCGGCCUCAGUGCAAGAUUAUGUUGAUUGUAUGUGCAGUGUUAACAUUCGCGUCGUUUUUGCCUCUUGUUGAGAAUGCUGGUUCUAGCAAGAAGGGAAUCGGCGCCGCCGCGGCUACUUUGAAGUGCGAUGAUUUCCGUGUGCUGAAUAACAUAUCCUGGUGGUACGAUUGGACACAACAUUACCAACAGCUGACCAAUCAUUGCACUGCCUCUAACGUUCACGUGCCUGAAUUCGUGCCCAUGGUGAGAGUCCUGCAUAGCAACGAAACCGCUCAAAACAUCCACAUUCCGCCUGGCUCUCACUUCGUUCUGGGAUACAACGAGCCCGACCUUGUCACUCUCAAUAACAUGGCGCCACAGCAGGCCGCCAUGUACUGGCCUAUGGUCGAGAAGGCGGCCGUCGGAAUUCCACUAUUGGCUCCCGUGUCGUAUAAACAUGACUUCGUGUGGCUUGAUCAGUUCUUCCAGCAUUGUGAUGGAUGUCGAAUCGACUAUGUCGCUGCCCUUUUGUAAUGCUAACCAAGUCAUGGCGCAUUUGAAGGCGUUAUACAACCGCUUCCACAAAAAGGUGUGGCUGACCGAAUUCGCCUGCCCUCACACUCCCGACGAGCACGUGCAGUUGGGUCUCAUGAGGACGUUGUUGCCACAACUGGAGGCGGAUGAUUUCGUUUAUCUGUAUUGAUCAUUACAUGUGUUGCUAUUUAAGAAAUAAAGACUAUUUUUAUUUAACGAUAAGCAAAUGUAUCUAUGUGAUAUUAUCGUUUAGUAUGCAUUAUGCAAAUACAUCAUAGUUAAAUAUAUAUGAACAGCAAGUAUGCAUAGGUAUGGAUUUUUUUGUUUUCAGUAUACGUAAAUUCAUUUAAUAUGUAAAAGGCAAAUGUGUGUAAUAUUUUGCAUAGCUUGCUAGCUGAUUUUAGGAAAUAUAUAGUGGACGAUACUAAGUUAUACGGCACAAGUAUCACCAAUUAUAAUGAGUAAAUAAGUGACUUACAAAUAUGUGUUG